GUGGUUUGGGCGCGAAAUGCUGGUUGGAAGGACCAAUAAGACGCCGAUCGAGGUAAUUUUGCCGCGUAAAGAGCUCAUUCUUUUCUGCUUCGUUCGCCGAAACGGAGGUGUCUGUCGUCGUUAGUUUUGACGCAGCAAAAUCUGCAGCUAUUGAAAACAGGAUGGCAUUGCAUGAAUGUACCAAAGAAAACGUCCGCAAGCACCUCGAGGAUGUGUCGUUGCACACAUCACCAAAGAAAACAUGUAUAUCACCAAUUAUAUCUCAGGACCAUGGAUUGAAAAAUGGACUUUCCAAAACAAAAGCUGUGCGAAAAGUACAAUUGAAGGAAGAAUUCAAUCCAAAAUUGGAACCACUCCUUCAGGAAGGUCCAAAUCGCUUUGUAAUUUUUCCUAUUCAAUAUCCUGAUAUUUGGGAGAUGUACAAAAAGGCUGUGGCAUCUUUUUGGACUAUAGAAGAAGUACCCCUUCACAAGUUGGAUAAGAAAGACUGGGAAGAGAAACUUAAUUCUGAUGAAAGAUAUUUUAUUUCUCAUGUUUUGGCAUUCUUUGCUGCUUCUGAUGGAAUUGUUAAUGAGAAUCUGAUUGAGAGGUUCAGUCAAGAAGUAAAAAUCGCAGAAGCACGUUGUUUUUACGGUUUCCAAAUCGCCAUAGAAAAUAUUCAUUCUGAGAUGUAUUCCUUGCUUAUUGAAACUUAUAUUACCGAUCCACAACAAAAAAAUUUCUUGUUUAAUGCAAUUAAGACACUUCCUUCUGUAGGAAAGAAGGCUAAUUGGGCAUUAAAUUGGAUCAAUCACGAAAGCGCCACAUUUCCUGAGCGCGUAGUCGCGUUUGCGGCGGUUGAAGGUAUCUUCUUCAGUGGCAGUUUCGCCUCGAUCUUCUGGUUGAAAAAACGAGGAAUUAUGCCAGGUCUCACUUUCAGCAACGAACUUAUCUCACGAGACGAAGGAUUACAUUGCGAUUUUGCAUGUUUAAUGUUUAAACACAUCGUACAAAAACCAUCGUUUGAACGCGUGAAGUCCAUUAUAAUGGAUGCUGUAGAAAUUGAAAAGGAAUUCUUGACACAAGCAUUACCAGUUCAGUUGAUAGGCAUGAAUUGUACACUCAUGUGCAACUACAUCGAAUUCGUCGCAGACAGAUUGUUCGUCGCAUUAGGAUUUGAAAAAGUUUAUCACUCGGAGAAUCCGUUCUCGUUUAUGAACUUUAUCUCCCUGGAAGGCAAAACAAAUUUCUUUGAAAAAAAAGUGGGCGAGUAUAAAAAAUUCGGAGUCGCGGAGGAAGGUUCUCAAAAGAAAAGCAAUACAUCUGGUGUGGUGUUUAGCGCGAACUUUUAACAUAAAAGGUUUUUUGUAGAAAUAUCGUAUAUAUAGUUAUAUAUUUAGCUCCUAGAUGCAGAAAAAAAUUAUUUAUAUUAAUGAUCGUCUACGAUUUUGGAAUAAUUUUGUAAGAACAAGUCUAAACAUUGACAAAUAUUUUUGACAGAAAGAAAUUUGUAAAAUAUUUAAGACAUUAAGAUAUACGCAUAACUUUUGAUGAUAUUAAUAAGAAAAGUAUUGAAACUGCUUUUUCUAUUAUAAUUACAAUUUUUUAAAUGCUCUUUUUUCAAUAUCAUGCUAAAAAAGAUAUAAUAUAUUUAUAUAGUUUUAUAUUUAAUAUUUUUGUUUUUUUCUUAUUGUAACUAAUUAACAAAAAAAACUUUCGAAAAAGUAUAGGCUACUGUGUAUUAAUCCUCCUAAAAAGUUACAGCUUUGCAGUUACAAUACUUUUCAUUAGUAUCAUUAUUAUUUGACAAAUUUUUGAGAAAUUGACCAUUAUCUUUAAUGUAGACUUAUUAAUUAAGACGAAUUCCAUAUUACUAAUAUUGCAUUAUCUAUGGCUUCUGAAAAAUUUCUUUUUAUAAUUUGAUAAUGAUUUAUUUUAUAAUUGAACAAUUUGAUGAAAAAUAAUAGAUAUUAUUAUAUUUUUUAUUUUUUAUUGAGGAGAGUUAAAAAUACAAAAUAAUAGUUUCUGUCAUAAAGUGCUAUACUUAACGAUUUAAUAUGUAAAAAAACUGUAUGUAAAUUUGAAUGGAUAGUUAUAUAAAUUAGAAUUUUUUACUUUAUCAUCACACAUCAAAAGUUGAUACAUCAAACAGUAUUUAUAUGAAUAAGUCUUCUCAAGAAUAUGUAAUAAUAAUGUAGAAAUAAAUUUGGUUGUAAAAGA